AUGCGGCCAGCGUCAUUCGACGUGCUGUGGAGAGAAAUUUCCCUACACGCCAAAUGCAGAAGGGAAACCGGAGUGCCGAGCUCCGUCAUCGAUCCCAGAUCAGGGAUGCCAUUGAUUAUGCCCGGAAAUCGAAGAUCAGGUGGGCCGGACACGUUAUGCGAUAUAGUGAGGGCCGUUGGACCAGGGCGGGAACUGACUGGAUCCCUCGGGACGUCAAAUGAACAACAGUUUGGCACCAGCGUGUUGGCCAGACUUCUUCACGAAAAUCCUAAAUGA